AUGUAUCCGACGGUUCAACAGAACAGCAGCAGCAUCAUUGCAUCACAAUCUCUUUUUCCACCAUUUCCACCACAAACAAUACCACCACAAAAAACACCACCACCACCACUGCCACCACCACCGUCAUCAUCAUCAUCAUCGUUGUCUUUAUCGUCGUUUCGUCGUCAUCAUCACCGUCAUCAUCAUUAUACAUUAGACGGCUGGGAGCUCCAGGGUGACUUGUUCCCCAGUGAAAAUGACCACACCCUCAGUCUGGCAGAGAGGUAUCACAUGUACUGUGGAGAAACUAGGCCAAAGAAAAUAUUUAUAUCAUCACAAAACGUUGCCUUGAUACAGUUUAGACUCCCCAAUCCAGGCGAGGGAUUUAAAGUGUUCGUGAAUUUCAAAAAUAAUCCCCAACCCUGUAACGCAGUGGCCAUGUUUGAUAUGGGAACACUAACUAUGAAGAAUUACGGCUUACGUCGUAAUUGCACGACGUCUAUCAUCUACCCUGAGCAAAUUCACAUGCUGAACGUUGAUGUAGGCGUGACGUCAGAAACUAAACCUAUUGAAGCGGAAACCGGCCUCAAAGAUACGGUAAUCAAUUACUCUCCUGAAAAGUUUGUAUUAGGCUGCCAACAUUCUGUAGUAAGAAUGGUGUCCAGUGGCAUUUUCCACAACACUGUCACAUUCCAGUACUCACCUCCGAAGGAAGAGGAGAUAAAUGCGACCGAGACGUGCUAA